GGGUUGGUGUUAUUAUUAUUAUUAUUGUUCUCAAAAUAUUGCAUGAUUCACACACCGAGUGAGAAGCGGAAACCACCACCACUUCUUUCGGUGUCAAAGGAAUCCGAGCCUCUCGCCGCCGCGCGUGCUGGGAUUCCGGUGACGCAUCCACUGAUUUCUCGGCUUAAUUAUUACAUGACACAUACAACACAGAAAUCUCCAGAUGAACAACAAUAGAACCACCAGAAGAUCAUCCAUGCCUUCCACUCCAAAUGCCUUCCCUAAACGCCGUCACUCCUCCGAUCAAAACCACCGCAGAAUCUCCUCCGCGCCUCUCCGCCACUUCGAUAUCACCGGCGAAAUGAUCGGCGCCACCGUCCCCAGGAAAGCUCGUUCAGCUUCUGUGAAAAGACCGCAUGAGAGUGCGGUGGAGGAGCAGAGUUUACAGACUGAAGCGGCGUCGCCGUCGUCUUUUCGGAAGAAGAUGAAAUCGAUUGAACCGGAAACUCAGAUUCCGAAGGCGGCGGCGUCGCCGGCGACGACUGAGGAAGACAUCGAGAUUGAGAUAGCUGAGCUUCUCUUCGGGUUAAGGUCAUCCACUAACCGCGACUCUUCUUCUUCGCAAAAGCUUGGAGCAAACGAUUCACAUCCUCAACGGAGUGCUAGCCCUUCCAUGGAAGCUGAGGAAGAGAAAAUGGAAGAUUACUCUGUGGCUGAGAACAAUUCAGCUGCUGAAUCAGUUAGAAUUGAAAAUGAACAACCUGAGAAAAUAGAGAAAGCUUCACCUGGAUCAGCGAUGAUUUCGGGUUGUCACGAGGAUGAGAAUGCUGCUUCUGGUAAAGAAGUCGGGUCAUCCGAAUUCCCAAAGGAGGACAAUGAGAAAGACAAUAAGAAUUCAGGUGAUACUGUGAAUGGAAGAUCAGAACUCUUAUCAGGCUCCAAGUCUAAAAUGGAUGUUGAUAAACUGGGUUCUGUUUCUACCAGAGAGAUUUCUGCUGUUCCGGGCGCCAAUGACCAACGAGCGGACAAGUUUGAGAUUGAUCUGAUGGCUCCUCCACCUAUGUCCCUAUCCGCGGAGAUGGGUAACUUAUCAAGGUGUGUUAAGAAAGAGGAAAUGAAGGAAGAUGUGAAGAUAAAAUUUGAUUUGGAAAAUCAGGACAGGAAUGAGGAGCAACUUCUCACACUGACAAGUCCCAAAGUGGAGAAAAGUGUUCAAUCCAGCUCAAUGCCUUUGUCAAAAGCUGUAUCAGAAUGGCCAAACUGUCUCUCUCUACAUGGAUACGGGCCUCCCAUGGAAACAGUUGUGAAGACAGAGAAAACCACAGGAUCAACGACAGGCCAAGAGAGGGUGAAUUUUGCUCUCUCUAAGCCUCGAACUAAAAGAUGUGCUACCCAUCAUUGCAUUGCCAGUAACAUCUUCAGGCACCAGCAAUGUGCAAUGAUGAACCCCCUUUUGCCAUUAGCUAUUGGCUUUGGUUCUCUGGGUGACACAGAGCCCAGCUAUGUCAAUAGAAUGCGGUCUGCAGAAAAUGUGGUUGUCCGGAAGCAGUCUCAAAAGCACUCACCUGGCAUGGACCAAAAUGCUGCACAAGGGAAGGGAAGGGCUGGCGCAAGUGAGUUUAGUCUUGCUGCAACCAAAAGUCCUGGUCCUGCCAACCCAAUGGACUCGAUACAAAUGAAGCAGCUUGUGCUUCAGCAAGGUCAUCCAGGGUCUUUUGGCAAUACACUGCAUGGUCCUACUUUCCUAUUUCCUCCGGGCCAACAUCAAGCAUCUGUAACAACAGCUACUACUCAGGCAGGUGCUGCGAGCUCCAUUAUCAGUUCUUCCUCAUCUAGUAAAUCCCAUAGUUCAGCAGCUGGUUCUUUUAGUACCUCAACACUGCCAGCAGUUCCCUCUCCGAUGAGCUUCAGCUACCCAAAUUUGUCUAUCAAUGAUACUCCAUAUAUGACAACAGUUCAGAAUACUGGGUAUCCAUUCCCGUUUUUAACUCCUCUUGGAGCAUCCGCAGCUAUCAGAGGUGCAAGCCCUGCGCAAUCAACACCUAUACUCAAUGGGCCUUUGUACUCAUCUCAAAUGUUCCAUACCCUUCAGUAUCCACAACAGCAUCCUCAUUCCCAAGCAAUGGUUCAACCAAGUUAUCUUAAUGCAAGCUCUUCAAGUGUUUUGUCAUCAUCUCAUAAGCAGUCACAGGGUAUGCAAGUUAACCACAAUGUUUUGCCCUCUACCUCUAUGCAACUACAGCAGUCACAAAAGGAGCACACCUCGUUCUCUCGUACUUCUAAGCUUGAGACUGGGAUGGCUGGAGAGAAUGCCGUAUCUGUUGCUAGUGGAAAAAAUCACUCCCAAAAGAAUGUGUAUGGACAGAAGUUCACAAUUCCAGUUCAGCCACUGAACCUUUCUUUCAGGCCAUCUGCAGCAUCAGACAAUUUUGCUGGCAAUAGUGGAAAUUUUGGUGACAAGCAGCAAUUGCCACAGGCUGUGAAAGGGGGAGCUGAGCAAAUACCAUCUCAAGCAUUUGCAAUAUCGUUUUCUGGAUUUAACGGGACCAGUGCUCCUUCAAAUCUUAACUUCUCAACCAUGGCACAGAACCCAGUGAUAUUUCAGAGCCUGCCUGAUGUUGCAUGGCCUGGGUAUCAAGCUGUAAGUACAUCUCAUUCUACUCAGCAAAAGAUAUAUUCGCUUAAUGAAGGGAAGAGUGGAGGUAAUUCUUCCCACCAAGAUGAUGAAAUGAAAGCCACCUCUGGGAAGCCAUCAACCAAUGGGCCAACUACUCUUGUUUUUGAUAAUUCAUCAAAAAAUCUCAACUUUGCUUCAUCUUCCAUGAAUGGAAACCGGCCUAGUCGUUCCAUUACUUCAAGUGCAGCAACCUCAAGUUUGCCUCUUUCUAGCAAUGCUUCAAAUUAUCAACAGCCACCGCAGUUUCUUCAUCUUCAGCAGCAGCAUGGUAUGUUGCAGCAGCAUCCUGCUAUGGCUACUCUAUAUAAAGCAUCAUCAACUACAUCUAAUGCUACAACAGCUACGAAGUUUUUUAACGGUCCCCCGGUUUUCACACAAACUCAAACUCAGUGCAAAAGUUCUAAUCAAGCUUCACAGUCGAAAAACUCGGGAAAAACCCCAGAUUCUCAGGUUACAUCUAUUAUAACAUCUACUACACCAACCUUCAAAAACAAUUCUCAGGAACAUGGAAGAGUUAUACAGGGUCAUAAGCAAAUAUCUUUUGGGGGAAAUUACAUGUCGUCCCUGCCACCCCAAGGGCAACAACUACUCAGUAACAACCAGCCUCUUGGUUCAACUGCAACAGUUGCUGGGAUUCCACCUCAUGGGGGCAACUUGAAGACAAAUUCCCAGGGGAGCAAAGUUGGUCCAUCGAUGAACACUUCGCAGACGCAACAAACUGAGAAUUCCUCUGCUGGGACAGGCCAAAAAUCUUCCCCAGUUUGUGGGAGAAAUGUCCCAUCGAUUUUGAGCUCAUGCCCUAGCCAACUAUCUGAGCUGAAGUAUUAAAAAACAUAGUUACUUCAUCUUGACAAAAAGGUUAUCUCUAACAAUCAGCACACCUGGGAGAUACUUACUGCUACUACUUAUUUUUCAAACUGCACUGCCCUUGAAGAUUGAGGGCAAACGUUUUGGGUUGGAAUAUUAUGUUGCAGUUCUGAGGUGGCAAACUAGGAGGAAAUGGAUAAAGCUAUGAUGUGGAUGCACUCAUCUGAUAUUCAUUCUGGUGAGAUGACAGGUACUGCUGCCAUUUUUACUGGUGAGUGAUAAUGAUUGAACUAAAGGAAGUUGGGAUACAUGGGCCUACAGUUUUGUAAUCAAAUCAAAGUAGGAACCACUUUCUUUGUGGAAGGUUAUUUACUUGUUGACGGGGUCUUAUUAUUUGAUGCGUUAAAGGCAAUUCUGAUACGUAGGCCUAGAUAUAAAUACAUCAUGACUUUUUCUUAUUUUGCUCGCAUAGCAAGAAAUGUACUUAGAAAAUAGAACUAUUUUUUAUAAUGGAAUCUGUAGUUAUUUCUUUC